CUCUCCUCUCUACUUGAACUACACGUUUACCGCUGUGGCUUUUGAGGCUUUUUCUCAAUCUCUUCCCUUUCCUCGUCUUUCUCAGUCUCGUAAACCCAAAGGAGCAAACAUCCCCUUCAGGUUUUUAGGGUUUAUCACUAUUCCACCAGGGUUUCUGCUUCUAUUGGUUUUGUUUACAGGGUUUCAGGUUCCUCUUAUUUUCUUCAGCUCUUCAAGAUGGCCCAAGAUCCCAAUCAAAGCACCAACUCAGAGCAGGCGUCUGUUAAAGUCCCAUCUAAAGACCCUAAAAAGAAGAAGGAUGAAAAGAAAGAUGAAGAUUUGUCUGAUGAGGAUUUGGCUUUGAAACAACAAUUGGAACUGUAUGUUGAGAGAGUCCAAGACUCUGACCCAGGUGUCCAGAAGUUAGCUCUUGAAAGUAUGAGGCAAGAAAUACGCACUUCAACAAGCUCCAUGACUUCCGUUCCAAAACCCCUGAAGUUUCUUCGUCCCCAUUAUGGUACUUUGAAAGCAUACUAUGAGGCAAUGGCAGAUACUGAUCUUAAGAAAUACUUAGCAGAUAUUCUCUCGGUUCUGGCGCUGACCAUGUCUGCAGAAGGGGAGCGGGAGAGCUUGAAGUAUCGGCUGUUGGGGUCAGAAGGAGAUAUUGGUUCAUGGGGCCAUGAAUAUGUACGGAACCUUGCUGGUGAAAUUUCUCAAGAAUAUACAAAGCGCCAGAUCGAUGAAACCCCAAUUGAUGAUCUUAUGGAACUUGUUCAGCAAAUUGUUGCUUUCCAUGUAAAGCACAAUGCUGAACCUGAAGCUGUUGAUCUCUUAAUGGAGGUAGAAGACUUGGACAUGUUAAUUGAUCAUAUCGACUCCACUAACUACAAAAGGACCUGCUUGUACUUAACCAGCUUUGCCAGUUAUCUUCCUAGCCCUGACGAUAUGCUGGUUCUCGAAAUUGCAUUUGCCAUUUACACCAAGUUUGAGGAACACACCAGUGCACUGUGUGUAGCACUUCGCAUGGAUAAUUCUCAUUAUGUCCGACAGGUGUUUGUUUGCUGUUCCGAUCUUUUAAAGAAGAAACAACUUUGUUACAUUUUGGCUCAACAGGGUGUAACAUUGGAACUUGAUGAUGAGUUGAUUCAUGGAAACGAAGAACAACGAGAAAUCCUACAAGAAAUCAUGAACAACGCUAAACUAAGUGAAGGUUAUCUUACUCUUGCUCGUGACAUUGAGGUCAUGGAGCCUAAAUCCCCUGAUGAUAUCUAUAAGGUGCAUUUGAUUGACGGCCGGGCGAGUGCUGGAGCCAGUGUUGAUUCAGCUAGGCAAAACCUAGCAGCCACUUUUGUUAAUGCAUUUGUGAACGCAGGUUUUGGCCAGGAUAAGUUAAUGACCGUUCCUUCAGAAUCUUCAAGCGGUGGUUCAACAGGAAGUUGGCUUUUCAAGAAUAAGGAACACGGAAAAGCCAGUGCUGCUGCAAGUUUGGGCUUGAUCCACCUAUGGGAGGUAGAUGCUGGCCUUGCACAAAUUGACAAGUAUUUCCAUAGUAAUGACAAUCAUGUCAUUGCGGGGGCUUUAUUAGCAGUUGGGAUUGUCAAUUGUGGGAUCCGCAAUGAAUGUGACCCCGCUUAUGCCCUUCUUGCGGAUUAUGUAACUAAGGAUGAUUCUAGCAUCCGGAUUGGUGCUAUUAUGGGGCUUGGUAUUGCCUAUGCUGGAACCCAGAAAGUGGAGGUUCUUAGGCUGCUUGCUCCAAUUUUGAUAGACUUAAAGGUUCCGAUUGAUGUUAUUGCCUUUACUGCUCUCUCACUUGGGCUUAUCUACGUGGGUUCUUGCCAUGAUGAUAUUGCGCAGUCCAUUAUACUUGCACUUAUGGAAAGAAGUGAAUCUGAGCUCGGAGAGCCCCUUGCUAGGUUUCUUUCUCUUGGUCUUGGCCUUUUGUACCUAGGGAAACAGGAAAAUGUUGAUGCCACAGUCGAAGUUGCUAAGACAUUUAAUGAGAAGAUCUCCAGAUACUGUCAAGCGACACUCAUGUCUUGUGCAUUUGCAGGCACUGGAAAUGUGCUCAAGGUUCAGAGCCUUUUGGGCCUCUGUGCAGAACAUCUUGAUAAAGGCGAGAUCCAUCAAGGACCUGCUGUACUUGGAUACGCACUUGUUGCAAUGGCUGAAGAAUUGGGUCUCGAAAUGGGUAUCCGAUCACUGGAGCAUCUUUUACAAUAUGGAGAGCAGAACAUUAGAAGAGCCGUACCUUUGGCUCUUGGCCUGCUUUGCAUCUCAAACCCAAAGGUCAACGUGAUGGACACCUUGAGCAGAUUGAGCCACGACUCUGAUUCAGAAGUAGCCAUGGCAGCCACCAUCUCCUUGGGCUUAAUAGGUGCAGGCACGAAUAAUGCCCGCAUAGCUGGGAUGCUUCGAAACCUUUCGAGUUAUUACUACAAAGAUGCCAGCCUUUUGUUUUGUGUGCGGAUUGCUCAGGGCCUUGUGCAUCUAGGCAAGGGGUUAUUGACUCUAGCUCCAUAUCAUUCAGAUCGAUUUUUGUUGUCACCUUCUGCUGCGGCUGGAUUAAUAACUUUUCUACAUGCCUGCCUUGACAUGAAAUCCAUCAUAUUGGGGAAGUACCACUAUGUCCUCUACUACCUUGUUUUGGCCAUGCAGCCGAGAAUGUUAACGACAGUGGAUGAAAAUUUGAAGCCCAUAUCUGUACCAGUCCGAGUUGGUCAGGCUGUUGAUGUUGUUGGGCAGGCAGGUCGCCCUAAAACUAUUACAGGGUUCCAGACUCAUUCAACCCCUGUCCUACUUUCAGCAGGAGACAGGGCAGAGCUGGCAACAGAGAAAUAUGUGGCACUCUCAUCUAUCCUCGAAGGUUUUGUCAUAUUGAAGGAGAACCCGGAAUAUCAGGCUGAUCACCACUCGAGUUAAUUUGUUUGGGAAUUAUUUCUUCCGCAAUGGUUUGUCUCCCAAAGCUUGUGGAACAACCCUCUUUUUGUGGAGUUUCCAGUGUAAUUUAUCAGUGCUGCUCAGAAGGUACAAUGGAGAAGCUUUUGCUUGAAUGCAUCCAAGGCAAGGGGAAAGGGAAGUUAGCAAGCCAUUUAUGAAUGAUCUGGCAAGUUUAUUUUAGUAGUAGAAAUUUUUUUUUUUUUUCCGCACUUUUUAUAUAUAUAUCUGAAGCAGUCAUUUUUCUGAAAGUUAAAGCACGGUGAGGUUUAUGAGAAUGGAAUCGUUCGUUUACUGUAUCUUUAUAUGAAUUUUGUCUUUUAUUUUU